GGCGAGACCGGCGCACGCUACCGGCGAGCAGCCCGCGAUUUGGGUGCCCGGUUGUGCCGGACGGAGAGUUUCCACACCCCUCGGGAGGCUUGAGACACCGCUAAACCCCUUGAGGGCCCGGGACUAGCGACAGACCGACCGCCCGCCCGCCGACUGUUCGUUAAGCCGCGGCUGCCCCGAAGGGAACCGGGGACGGGGAUCGCGCUGCGGAUAACGUCUGUCCGCGUACGACGAGCAGAAGACAAGGAGGACGCUCCCUCAUCAUGUCCCGAGAACAAGCGGGAACGCAGGACUUAUAGAGCCGGUGGCCGGUGGCCGGGUGCCGGGGCAAACGGGCCGCGCGUCGCUUGCCCGACCAACCCCGCGUGGAGGAAGAAACGAAGACCGCUCCUCGGCAAAGGUCCAUCGCAACGUGCUACAGUCGGUCACCGGGGACCGAGCCGACGGGCACACCAGUCAGAUCCGCGAAGCCCUGGGGCCAGGGCCCGAUGUGACCGUUGGCCGGACACCGGGUGAACCACCCGAGGCUCCAAGGCAUUGAAUGAAUUAAGACCCCCGGCCCCCUCCCCCACCCCACCCCACCCCACCCCACUACCCGCCCCAAACACCCCCUUGCCGUGGUUGCUUUCUGGUCGCCCCUCAUUUACGAGGCCCGAUCGGUCUAACUCUGCUUGGGGACCAUGUCUUGUCCUAUGCUGACAAAAUGCGUUGGCUGCCUCGAACCGGAAUUGAUGGACGAAGGCUCGAGUGCACGGGGAGAGGGGGGCCAGGGGGCACGCAGAAAGAGAGAGAGAGAGAGAGAGAGAGAGAGAGGUUGAAUUUCUGCCCCUUCACCUCGUCGAUGCGGGGCACGGAGAGACCUUCGUGGAGCAUGAUGGUGUGGGUUUCAGGGGUCGAGUUCUCAUCCCUGCUAGAAACAAAAUUCUGCGCGGGGCAACGAGACUGCGAGCUCUGCAUUUGCUAUUGUAGAAACAGUGCCUGACUUCGGCGGGGCAUGAAAAUCCACUCCGAAACCGACAAUGCCUUGUCCGGACUCUCGACCACUGUCCCCGCUGCUCGCCGUCUCGGGGGAUAGCAACAAAGGACAGCCGAGCACAGCAGAGCAGAGGGAAAAGGAUGGCCUUGUUUCAGCUGAAGCGAGUUUUGUCCUCAUGGCCUCAUCUUCCAGUGGCUUCUUUGUUUUACUCCAAAGCAGAAGUGCCACUUCUAGCGUGUUGUCUGUCUCUUAGUCCAUAAGACUUCACGAUCUGCUUGCUGAUGGUCACAACAUCCCCAACCUUUGCAUACGCCAAUUCUUUGUGCAUCGCGUUUGAUUUGCAAUGAUAGACUGUCUCUCAGCGUCUUAUUCCUAAAUCUAGGAUGACUACUUCUACCACCAUCAGUCCUAGAGUUUUGGCCCGACUGGGACUGGAGUCCAGGAUCUGAUGUGAUAUGCUGCCAGCGAGCUUCCAGCCUCGGGUAAUGGAGAAUUGGGCUGUGUACUACACGCUGAUUGACUCAAUCAUUGAGAUGGUGACAGUUAGUAUACUGUUUGUGCAUUCUUGCAGUAUCUGCUUGUAAGAUUGUCUAACAGGGCACGUUCAGGUCUGCGUUUAUGACUAAGAGAAUGGAUCUUUCUGUUCAUUCUUUUUUGGAGAAACGUCCCAAUGUUCUUUUGUUUCUGCGAUGGCACGUACUUAAUUCAUGGCAU